AUGAAAAGGCCUGUGAGCAAGCAGGUGAACAAUCUCUGGCGGGUUGGUGUUAUGUCUGCCAUUUGGAGCCUCUGGAAUCUCAAGAACAGAGCUAUUUUUGAUGAGGCUCCGGUUUCUGCUGUGGCUCUGGCUAUUCAGGUCAAAGCCUUCAUCCUCGAAGCCUCUCAUUUCAGUUUGGGGGAGAUGGCUAAUUCUGUUGAGGAGCUGCUUAUUCUGCAUGGACUUGGGGUGACGGGUAAACCCCGUCGCCCUACUUCUUACAUUUAUGUGUUUUGGCUUCCUCCUCCUCAUCCGUGGCGGAAGAUUAAUAUUGAUAGCUCGGUUCAUGGCUCCCCUCCCCUCAUUCAUGCUGGAGGGGUUUCUCAGGAUUCCUCGUCUGUUUUGGGUUGCUUCCAUUUCUCUGCUGGCCGUGGCUGGGGGUUUGAGGUGGAGCUUCUUGCCCUCAUCAUUGCUUUAGAGCAGAUUGUGGUGCAGGGUUGGGAUUAUGUGUGGAUUGAGACGGACUACACUUACAUGGUCGAUCUCUUCCGUUCACGUUCCCACACGGUUCCUUGGAGGUUUUUCAGCCGUUGGCGGAAGGUACUUUCUUCCAUUGCUGAGCUCUAUAUUAUUAUCACUCACAUUUACAGGGAAUGGAAUCGUGUUGCUAACUUCAUGGCCUCUUCGGUGGAGGAGGAAGGACUCUGGCCCUUUGCGAUUCCAGAUAUCCUCCAGCUGGUUAGCGAUGACAGGAGACUGCUACCUUAUGUUCGUAUUGUCAUUUAA